CUUGGGGUGCACCUCUUUGGCCGCGGGAAGGGAAUUUCAGUUCACUGUAUGUGCUGUUGCCCAUCUAAUUCGACCCUACAAUGUCCUCUGCGACCGUCUUGAGAUCUCGGGUCGCCACCGUGGUAGGCACCGUUGCGGCCACGGGCGCCGCGGUGGGCGUCGCAUCCAGGUUCUAUAGCGGCGGUCCGGUGCGCGCAGACUCACCAGCGUCGCCGCGCAGGGUAUUUGGCGGUGGACCGGCCUUCGUGUCGCUGCCGCUGGAGAGCUCGGAGACGGUCAAUCACAAUACGAAGAGGCUGCGGUUUCGGUUGCCCGAGAAGGAUGCGGUCAGCGGGCUGUCCUUGACGUCUGCUCUUCUGACAUUCUCGUGGCCAAAGAAUCAAUGGCUACCGGUCAUCAGGCCGUACACCCCUGUCAGCAGUUCAGAUGAACCCGGAUUCGUCGACUUCCUGGUCAAGCGCUACCCCGACGGCAAGCUCAGCACGCACCUCCACUCGCUCGAACCUGGCCAGUCCCUCCGAUUCCUCGCCGCGCUCAAGGGCCCCCAGUGGACGCCCAACCAGGUGCCGAAUGUCGUCCUCAUCGCCGGCGGCGCGGGCGUCACGCCGUGUUAUCAGCUCGCGCAGGGCAUCCUGCGGAACCCAGAGGACCGGACCGCGGUCACGCUCGUGUACGGCGCCAACAGCGACGCGGACGUGCUGCUGCGCGACGAGCUGACGGACUGGGAGAGGAGGUUCCCGGGGCGGUUCAGGGUGGUGUACACGGUGAGCCGGCCGGCGGAGGGAUCAAAGUACAGGCAGGGUUAUGUGAACGAGGAGCUGUUGCGCACGUCCUUGACGGGUGUGGAUGGUAAGAGCACCAAGGUGUUUGUGUGUGGGCCGCCGGCGAUGGAGAAGAGCUUGGUGGGUGACAGCUCGACGAAGGGCGUGCUUGAGGCACUUGGAUAUCGCAAGGACCAAGUCGCCACAUUUUGAAGCGAUAUAGACAUUGAGACAUAGAGGUGGUAGAA